GGCUGAACCUGUAGACAGACAUUUUGUUCAGGAGAGCUACCAAACAAUAUGUCACGUGUAAGUGUAAGCUGGCUACAUAGAACCGUUACAGGAUUUAUAUAUACACUAGUUGCCUUUGCUGGUGCCAUCGAAAAGACUUGUUCACCACUUAGUCAACUUGCCGUGGUGGAGAAUGCAAGAUUAACUGGAGCUGUGUUUGAUACUGUAGCAACUUCAGGUGUUGUAACAUGUGCCAAAGAAUGUCUGUCAAGACUUGCCUGCAAGUCCUACAACUUUCAUCUCGAUGACGGAACAUGUGAGCUCAACACUGAUGGGACAGCGGCAGUUUUUGGGGUGGAACGUUUUGUGUUUUCUCUAUCACAGAUUUGGCCACAGGGAAUACUUGGUGCAUGCAAAGACCACAACUGCCCCUUGAACACAAGAUGUGUAGAAGUAGGGAGAAAUGCCUCGAAGUGUGUCGUUACGUACUGUUCAGAUCCACCAACUGUUAAAAAUGCCACAUCGACAUCCCCGAUCAGUAACGUGAUUCCGGUAGAUCAGUCAGUGCAGCUGGAGUGCAUUGUGGGAUAUGUGCCGUGUGGAAACGUCACAUGUAAGCCGGAUGGAACAUGGACCAACAUGACUUGCAAAUGUCUCUCAAGUUGUCAAGAUGUGCUUGACCUUAAUUCAAAUUAUGCUGAUGGAGAAUACUGGCUGUAUCCACAACCGCUGAAUGGUGACCGUGUGAAGGUGUACUGUCAUGACAUGAAGAAUACACCCAGAGAGUACAUCACUCUGACCACUCCUUACAUCAUGGAUGCACCUUUUAUCAGAAAUCUUAAUUGUACAGGAAACGACACAUCUUAUGAUAAUAACUUUCUCGGAAAACAUGUUUAUUCAAAGUUUGGCUUGGACAUAGAGACAAUGGCUAUUUUCAAAUCGGAUCAAACAUUCUACAACAAGACAGGGGUAAUGUCCGCCGCAGUAGGAAGUGUUCGAGACUGCUACUCUGAGAAUUGUGGCCCUGUAGGACGUGCUGUGAUAGAUCUGAGAGGGACCGGAUUGUCUGUUAGUGACAGUGUAACAUGGAAGAAAAUAACUCGUGGAUGGGCCCCGAUUGUGAACCGGUCAUUGGGUGGACAGUUGAUCGAAAUUCGGUGUGGAGGAGAUUGCGGUGCUUGUUCAGUCGGUUCUCUGUCCCUUUCGUUGAUAAAAACUGAUGCUCCAGCAGAGAACAGUGCAACGACCCCUACGUGUGCCCCAUGAACAACUCAAUGGUCGACUCUCACCAGUCAUAAUUUUAGUUGUCAGGAUUACUAUCUUUAUUAUCAUCCAAGUGAUAAAAUCCCCUUCACCGUUGUAUAAUUCUAGAUGGUGUAUGCAAUACAGGUCAGUCAACACCAAUGUGGAUGAUUUAUGAUCUGAAAAUAUUGAAAUUCUUCAAAGGCAUUGAGAAGUUGGUGUAGUAAU